AUGGCGUCAGUUGUUGUAGUUACUGCUGGAGCCGCACUCGCCGUUUCCGUUCCAUUCGUGGCACUUAAAGAGUCGUUGGAGCAACGUCUUAAGACCAACAUGAAGAAGCAUUUGGGACACAGACAACGUUGUCGCGUCAAUUUCCCGGACAUCGAGGACGAGCUGGUCCAACAAUAUCAGUAUAUGAUGAGCAUGAAGAAAAAUGAUGAUGAGACGAAGAAAGUGAUGGUCCGCGACACUAAAUGCUCUUCUGAUGAUGAAGACAACUCCUCCACCAUCAGUUCCCCACCGAGCUACAACGACAUCACUCAACCACCAGCAUACGGCUUGUUCGUGCCACGUGGCAACUGA